AUGGUGGCGGACUUUGUUUCUGCUGAAUACGGAUGGCUUGCAUCACCGGAUGGGACAGAGACUGCACGGUGGAUAUUCAAGGCCGGGAAAAACCGAGACGGAUGGUUUACUCAUGUCGAGAUCAUCGAGCAUGUCCAACGGGCUAUGUCCAUCCUUGACAAACACUACCCACAUGAACGGCAUGUCUUUGUGUUCGACAAUGCCACCACACAUCUGAAAAGAGCCGAGGAUGCCCUAUCUGCACGUAGGAUGCCGAAGAAUCCCACUCGCCCAGGCAAACCUGUUUUUGGAGUCGAGCGGAUCAAGCGUGAUGACAACGGCAAUCCGGUGCACGAUCAUCACUCGGGAGCAGUGAUCAAGGAGCGAGCACGGAUGCAAGAUGGACAGUUUGCCAACGGACGUCCUCAGUCGCUGUAUUUUCCACCUGAUCACCCUCAGGCUGGUGCAUUCAAAGGCAUGGCGAUCAUCCUCAAGGAACGCGGAUUCGCUCAUGCUCCGCAACUUAGGGCUGAGUGCCCUGGGUGUAAAUGCCCCAAGGAUCAAGACCAAUGCUGUUGCCGGCGUCUGUUGUACAGUCAGCCUGACUUCGCAGGGACCACAUCCUUGCUCGAGGCUGCAUGCAAGGCACGAGGCUACAACACCAUCUUUCUGCCGAAGUUUCACUGCGAGCUGAAUUUCAUCGAGAUGUGUUGGGGUUACGCAAAGCGGCAAUACCGCUUACUCCCUCCCUCAUCAUCCGAGGCAGAGAUGGAGCAGAACGUAAGGAGGGUCCUCGAUUCAAUCCCAAUAGAAACUAUCAGACGAUUCUCUACACGAUCGCGCCGGUUUAUGGAUGCCUACCGGAAAGGGUUGAACGGCAAGCAGGCUAUGUGGGCAGCUAAGAAGUACCACGGGCAUCGUGUCCUCCCUGAUUCAAUCAUGGAGGAACUCGACACCGCAGGUAUAUAA